AUGGCUGGUGGCUGUGUGAGAUUGAUAUUGCCGCUCCCGUCUGUGCUUGAGCAGAAUCUCUCAAUUCCUGUGGAGCCACAUCAGGUCGCACCUAGGUUUCGGUUCUACAGAGAAAACAUUCGCCUCUGCGGGAUACUGGAGGAUAUUCUAUCCAAGGUAUACCGGCCGUGGAUGAAUCGCGUGUCGCCUGAUCUAUCUCCUGUCACGAGCGGGAACAUCUCAUCGUAUUACAGCCUCGAUCAGAUUAUCGUGCUGCAUAAGAAGCUAACUGAUUUCGAAAAUUCUGAGCACGAGACUCUUUCGUGGAAGAGAGGGGGAGAGAUUCCGUCUGAAUAUGCAGCGCUGUUUAAAGAUCAGAGACUGCUGCUUCAUGGUCGCUUUAUAUAUCUCCGUCGGCCCAUUUUAACACACCUCUCAACACACGAGCAACCAAAAUCCGCAGGUCCCAAGCUAGAAUCAACUACGUUCACGGAUCCUAUUCUAGCAGGAACAUCGCUCCAAUGUGCGAAAUUAUGUGUCGAAGCGGCGAUUGAUUUGUUGCGACUACUUCAUACCAACUUUAAUCCACAUGUUCCAGGGUCAUGGUGGUGGGAUGUCCUGUAUGCCUGUACGGCUGGCAUCGUUCUUAUCAUAGCGAGGACAUGUCCCACCCUCGCCCCGUCACUCAAUCAAGCCCAAAUGUCAACGGCUUGGGACGAAUGCCAACAGAUUCUGAAGCAUGUUGCUUCGUUCAAUGCCUCUGGGCGACAGUCUCUCAAAAUGCUUCAGAUCAUCCAUAGCAAAGUCUUGGUAAAGUCAGAAAGCAGCCCAGCCAGUCCCGAUCCGCGGCUCCAAACCACUCCAGGAGCGGAAGAAUACGAUCUGUUGCAGUCGGUGGCAUUCGAUUCCGCAACGAAUUUUGACUUUUCGACAGAACCUGAGUUUCAGGGUUUUGGAGAUUUGGAUAUGAUUGGGUCGUUUUCCAACUGGGACACUACGAGUUUUGAUGCCUUGGGGGGGAGUGCCAAUACAGAAUCAAGUCGGAUGAACUGGGUUGUUUAUCUAGCAUAA